AUGACCAACAUCCACCCUGCAUAUCUUGCAUCGCUUCGCCCACAUCGGGUUGUGGUGGCUGAAGUCAUUGGCUUACCUCGCUGGCGGCACCGCAAAGUGCUGUGGUGGCAUUGCAGCAGUGCCAGGCAGGAAGGACUCACCUAUCGGUUGAGGGUGACAGAGAUGCUGUGUUCAACCCCUCCCUAUCCUGAGGCUGCCGUCUCUGGGUCUCCAAGUCUACUCUGGGGAUCUUUUAGCUUUGACCGAUGCUCGGCUGAGAUGGACCGAUGCACCGAGGCAGGACGUUCAAGGCUGAUUGGAGAGGAGAACUUCCUGAAAAAAUCUGAAGUUCUCUUCUUGGACCUUGUGUUGUGCAUACCGUUCCGCUUCAUCUUCGGCUAUGCUGCCUUCAAACUUUAUCGCUGCGCAGACAGGUGCCAGGAGGCAAAACUGGAAAGCUCUGAGUCUUCGAGAGCAUUGUUGCUGCCAUAUCUCUACCUCCAGGAGCUGAAACCUCUCUUGGCCAUGGGCAUCGGUGCCGCCUGGGCAGCCCAUCCCUUUGUUUUGCCCAUGCUGUUGGGUAGCUUGAGGUCGCGGAUGUCAUUUUUCAUCUUGGCAUAUUUGGGAGUCUUAUCGACCUUUCGAUGGUUAGAGUUAGCGGCCUCUUUGGGACCCAAGGGAUUCGAUGCCACUGCCACCACCUUUGCGCUCUACUUCAGCCUGCCGGCAGAGCUUCAGUUCGAGGAUGGCAAGUUGAAAUUCCUCAGCGGCGAAAGGUGGCGCAGGGCUCUGGAUUUACUUCUGCGCUUAGCAUUUCAUAGCUCCAUCAUGUUAAUAGCUCUGAGCGUGGGCAAGGCCACCAGGUUUCAACCCUUCUUGGAGGAGAUUCCCGCGAAAUUGCCCUUCUAUGGGCUCCCCUGGUCGCUACCUGCCCUGUAUUUACAAACCGUUUGGGUCUACUGCUGUUUGACCUUGCCCAUGCUGUACCAUCGCAUCAUGGCCACGCUCUUUGGCCUCGAGACUUUGGUCACCAUGAAGGCCCCCCUGACGCAAUCCACGUCGAUUCGGGACUUCUGGGGUCGGAGGUGGAAUCUCAUCGUACACAAUUUGAUGAAGCGGUGCUUCUUUAUGCCGUUUCAGCAUGGUGGACCUGUGAAGAAGAACAUUGCAGGCUUUGUGUCUUUUCUCAUGUCCGGUGUCUUCCACGAAUACAUGUGGUUGAUGCUCCACCUGGCCCGGCCCGAAGGGAGCCGCUACUCUCCGGGCAAGGUCUUGGUCUUCUUCGUGCUGCAAUAUUUGGCCACAGCUGUGCAGGUGAUGCUCGUAAAGACGACCUGGCUGGGAAGACGCGGCUGGAGUAUGAUGCCCACUGUGCUGCAGACGGUGGUGACAACCAUUUGCGUUUUGCCUUUCGGGCCCCUCUUCUUAGAGGGGGUUCACGACAUGAUUAACGAGAGCAGCUUGAUGCCGGCCGUUGAGCUCCUGUGA